AUGCCGCGGAAAAGUGAAGGCGGCCGCAAGAGCGAUGUCGCCGUCCGUCCCGCUCCGAAACCCGCACCCGUUGCCGAACCCCAGAACGGAUCCGGGUCGGCUUCCGAAUCCGAAGCCAGCACGGAACUAAAUUUGCCCAAAUCCAUCAUCACAAGGUUGGCCAAGGGCGUAUUGCCGCCACACGUCCAACUACAGGGCAACGCCGUGCUGGCUCUUAGACAGAGCGCCACCGUCUUCAUCAGCUACAUUGCUUCCCAUGCCAACGAACACGCCCAAAGUGCCGGCAAGAAGACCGUUCUUCCCGCCGAUGUGUUCCAAGCCCUUGAGGAUACCGAGUUUGGCUUCCUUCGAGGCCAACUUGAAGCGGAAUUUGCUAAGUUCAACCAGACUCAGGCCGCCAAGCGCUCCAACUACCGCCAGAAACAGGCCGCAAAACGUGCCGCUGUCGAUACCUCCACACUCAGCGCCGUCGAGGGCGACAUCUCCACCAACCUCGACCCCGAUACUACCAUCGCCUCUGACACAGCCCGAAGCGCUGAGGCGGACGAUGCCGAGACGGAGCCGGAAGAAGAUGCAGAGGAAGACGAAAACGACGAGGAAGAGGAAGACGAAGAGGAGGACGAUGAAGAUGAUGACGAAGACGAUGAGGAAGAGGAAGAGGACGGUGACGAGGAUGAAGAGGUUGGCGUGUUGGAAGAUAGGGAGGACUUGGAUAAUGAUGACGAGGAUGACGAAGCCGAGGACAGCGACUGA